AAAUUAAACUCACCAAGAGUGGAUAGUGUCAGAAGUUAAUGCUACUUUAAGCAUUUACUGUGAAAAGCAAAAAUUACCUACGAAUAUCUUUUAAGCAUUAGUACUAAAGUAUAUUGAAAAUGUAAUUAAUAUUUUUAUUUAUAAAUCUACAAACACAAUUAGUGUUCUCUUACAUCAAAAAAUAUGUUCAAAUCAUCGAAGUUCCAAGGAUCUAAAAGUAAAAAAAAGGGAAAUAUAUGGCAGCUAUUCAGAGCCACGAAUUUUGAAUCGUUGAUGUAUCCUUGCUUCACUUUUUGUCGUAUUCUGGGGAUAUUUCCAUAUAAUAUCAAUGCUUUCAACAUCAAAACUUGCAAACCAUGCUAUAUUCUAUCGAUCAUUAUUAUCUGCGUCUUUUGCAUUUGCGAACUAAUCAGCCUCUAUGAAAUUAAUAUUUCUAAUUAUGUUAAACAACAGACCAGGAGUUUACAAGUUAACUGCUUCUAUAUUUUCGGUGGUUUUAUACCAGUUGUCACUUUCAUUUUGAGUAAACCACGAAUGCGUUUAAUUCAAACUAUACUGAAAGUCUCUUUAAGAUUGCCCUCAGAGUCAUAUCAAAAUCAAUCUAAACUAAUCCAUGCCAAGGACAUUAUUGGACCAGUCUUAAUAGUCGUGGAAGAGUUGAUACUUUUCUCUACUUUACAAAGUAGCGUUUUACAAAGGAUUCUCACGACAUAUAUCAUCCUAGUAACGUUUCAAAUGGAUAUGUUAUACAUGAAUUGUGUUUGUGUAAUAAAAGCUUGUUUCAAGCAAAUCAACGACAAUCUGAUGAAUCUAGUAGAACUAGUAACAAACGAUGAGCCAUAUAUUUUUAGAGGAAUCUAUAAUAAUAAAAAAAAUCCAUUAGUGCUGAUGGCACUCGAGGCUUUGAAAAAACAACAUUUGGUGAUCAGCGACACAGUGCAGGAGCUAAAUAUGAUUUUUAGUUUGCAACUUCUUCUUACCGCAAUUCACACUUUUGUUGAAGUCACUUUCAUAUUGUACUUCUACUUAAUGCGUUGGAAAAUUGGCAUGGUAUUAUUUAGUUCAAAUGAAAAGAUUUAUGAUAUGUUUCUGAUAGUAGCUACAAUAUAUUAUUCUAUAAAAAUGGGAUUAAUAAUAUGGGCUUGCGAAACCAGCAAGAAUCAAGCUAUAGAGAUCAACACUACUGUCCACAGCGUGCUAAACAGCAUCAGCGACAAGCAAAUAAAACGUGAGUUGCAAUUAUUUUCUUUGCAAUUAAUGCAUCGUAAAAAUAUAUUCUCCACAAAAUGGUUUAAUAUGGAUGGAAUGUUUCUCACUGCUAUGGUGGGUAGCAUUGCCAAAAAGUUAUUAAUCUUGAUAGAAUUCCUGUUUAUAAUGUCAAAUUCUUGCAGUGGAAAUUCUAUAAUUAAUUCAUAAGUAAACUAGUUAGUAAAAAAAAUACACAAUCAAACAAAAAAAUGUAUUAAUAUAUUAAUAAUAUUAAAUGUUUUCAUUUUUAUCAUUGUUAAUAAAAUAUUCUCAUUAUUAAUUUUCACCACCUUUCUUCACUUCAUUACAUUGUACAUAUAUGUAUACAUAUUUUAAAUCUGACACAUGUGUGAAUUAUCAGUUGCAAACAAUUUAUUUCAUUUAUUUAAGUAUGAUUCAAUAUAUUAAAAAAUUUAUUUAAGUAUUCGAUGUAUUAUAUGAAUUUCUGAGAAUUUGGAUUUAUUAAAUAUAUUACACAAAAUCUAAAGUCUCAUUUAUUUUAUAUGGAACAGAUAAUAUCUCAAAUUUAAAUGCCAAUGUUAUGUAUAACAUACUAUUUUAUGAAAAUUCUUUUUGAUAUAUAAGAGAGUAUUUUUUA